AUGACUUCAGGUGCUCUCUCCGGUUAUUCCAUCUAUCAAUUGCAGCUUUUCCUGAUUGUGAUUGUUCAGUUCGUUUACAGUGAAUUAAAUCGCCAAAUCUGUCAAGAACGUGGAUUUAACAGCGAAUCAUUACAAUGUUCAAGUUGUGCAGAUUUACCACAAUUUCAUCUAGAUGAACUUGUUGCUGACUGUAAUUCAUGUUGUAGGAAAGAUUACGUGGAAGCAAGACAAGAAAAAUAUCCACUGGCUCACAUCGAAAUUUGUGAAUGUAAUCUAGGAAGAUUUCCGCAAGCGGAAGCAUUUGUCAAAUCCAAUAUGGUAAAGAAGUGGGGAACUUGCGUGAAAGUUCAUCACGUUCGAGGAACAUUGCCGACAAUUAAGUUACUGGAUGCGCAAGGAGAGGUGCAAAAGAUCAUGAAUAUCGAGAAAUGGGAUACCGACACAAUUACAGAAUUUUUAAAUACAUGGCUGGAGUGCUAG